GCGCGGCCCGGCGUCGGGAAGGCUGCCGUAGCGCCCACCUUACACCGCCAGCGCGCCACGCUCAGGAUGCAGCCGGUGGUGGUGGGCGCCGUGAAGUGGGCGUCCCGUUACGUGACAGUGGAGCCGCUCAUGUUCCUAUUCUACGUGGCCACCACCAUCUCCACCGUGGUCACUCAGAACCUCAUGAUCUACAAGGCGUGCUGGCCAGACGCACAGCCAGAGGAGAUGGGCCAGCAGUGCCCAGACGAGCAGGCGGCGCAGGCCCACGUCUCCGGCAUCGCCACCUGGAAGCCCUUCCUGCAGUUCCUGCUGCCCGCAGUCGCUGUCGCUUUCGCAGGACCCUGGAGCGAUAGACGCGGCCGGCGGCGGCCGCUGCUGCUCAUCCCGAUGGUGGGGCAGGUGCUGGCGGACGUAGCGCUUGGCGCCAGCGUGCUGCUCUGGCGCCAGUGGACGCCAACGCUCGUCGCCAUCGCCGAGACGCUGCCCACCGCGGUCGCCGGCGGCAGGGAGCAGACCUGGUUACAGAUCAAAUUAUAA